AUGGGCCGCGAAGACCAGAUUGAGGAGCGCGAAGUGCUCGAUUCAAUCUUUCCUGAUGAGAUCACCGACAUAUCCGAAACUUCAUACAGAGUAUCCAUUACACUCGACGCCGUUGAAUAUGGCGAAGAGGAAGCAGAACAACCUGUGAUAUGCCUCGAAGUUUCCUACCCAGAGGAAUAUCCUGAUGUUGCCCCGAAUCUCACCAUUACUUCUCCACCAAAUGCCCCGAGGCAUCCUCGACUAGAUGUUCAGGAAGACCGUGACCAAUUGAUGGAGGCCCUUAUGCCCACUGUCGAAGAAAAUAUGGGCAUGGCAAUGGUAUUCACGCUAGUGAGCGCUCUCAAAGAAAGCGCAGAGCUUCUCAUGACCGAACGGGCAGACGCCAUCCAAGCCGAGAAGGACCAGGCUGCUGCGAAGAGGGAAGAAGAGGAAAACCGCAAGUUCCACGGCACAGCAGUCACCGUGGAGUCAUUCUUGGAGUGGAGCGCCAAUUUCAAGAAGGAAAUGCAGGAUCUGGAGACACGGUUACGCGAGGAAAAGGAUGGAGAAGACAAAAAGAAGAAGGUCAUAAAAGAAGAGAAAAAGCUCACAGGCCGCCAAAUGUGGGAGAAAGGCUUGGCCAAGGGCGACUAUGAAGAGGAAGAUGAUGAUACCAUGCCAGCUGUUGAGAAGCUUAAAGUGGCUGCAUGA